AUCAGUGAUGAGCUGUGCAGAGUUUGCUCUUUUGUUCCUUCAGGAUGGGGCAUUUCACUGAAUAUCAAGAGCCCCCAAACCCGGAGACCAAGUGAUCCUUCCCAACCUUCUUGUAAGGUUCAAAAAGAAGUAGGCCUGAACUUUCUCACAUUUUCUGUCCAUGGUCUCAGCACGUGGAAGAUGUCUACAUUAUGCGGGCUCUUGCUAUGACUGGUUCUGAGUUGAUCGAUUAUCAAGCAAGACUGUUUAAUUAGUCUAACUCUUCUCAAACCCAUCUCAGAACCUCAUAGCAGGCAACUACCUGAAACAGCAUUUUGUCUGUCCGUUUGCACUGGUAUUCGCCACGGAAGAAUCGUCCCUAGAGAAUGUUAUUUCACUUCGGACCUCGGACGCGGAACUUUCCCCAAAACAUCCCUCUGUUUCUAUCUCUCCCCCAUGAACGAGAUUGAUGAGUUAUAAUUAACUGUAACAUGCCAUGGACUGUCCGUUGAUUCUACCCACUCACACAGCAGCGGACCUUCUUGAGUCACAUGUGGCUAUUUGCCUUACCACGCUCGCAAUCCAUUUGCUCCUUAGUUGUGCAGGGACAUCUUUUGCCUUACGAACGUAGUACCAUGAUGAAUAAAAUGUCUGCCCGCGUUAAUAAAUAUAUAAUAGCCAUGGGUAGUGAUUUUGAAACAUCAUCUCAAAAAGGAACAAAUAUUCUACAAUCAUGAUGAGAAUAGCAAUAGCUGGGUCUGGCGGACUGGCUCGAAUAUUUGCACAGUGUUUGGAUUCAGUAGGGACUUACACUGUUAUUAUACUUUCGAGGCGGGUUCGUCAAUCCAACCCCUUCUUCGACAAGUCCACUUCUCGCUGACAUUAUCAAGCCUCAACCGGCACUUACAGCAGAUGGGUUUCAAGUUGUUGUCGUCAACUAUGAUGACCAAACAGAUCUUCGCUAUACACUUCGAGGAAUUGAUGUGGUUAUCUCUACUGUUUCUGGCUCACCGCAAAUCAACCUCAUCGAUGCAGCAGCUCAUUCAGGGGUCAGCAGAUUCGUUCCAGCAGAGUUUGAAGGACCACCCGGACGCCGGACCCCCAAUGAUCCCUUGGACCGUGGGAAAAAAGCAACGAUUGCACGAUUAAAGGAAUGGAGCCAUGACUCUAGACACCGGAUGCGCUUCACUAUCUUCUCUUGUGGCGUCUUCUACCAAAGGUUUGCCCGAGGGGGUUUGGCAGCUUACAACAUUGGAUCGGGAACCGGAAUUCGACAAGAAGGUGACUAUCUCAUGAACCUUGGAACAUCAACGGCAGAAAUAGUCGAGUUCAACGCUGCUGGUCAAUCUCUCUACGUCUGUCUGACAUCAGUCUAUGAUCUUGCAAAGUUCGUUGCUGCUGCUCUUGAACUUGGUCCAUCCACGUGGCCCGCAGAAUUCAGACUACAGAGUGAUCGAAGGACAGUUAGUGAAAUUGUACAGUGGGGAGCAGUUGUCAAAGGCCGUAAGUCAAUCCGUUCCUCAUCUUUCAGUAGCGAUCUACCAAUGUCAAAAAAAAGCUAACUUUCGACCAUAGUGUCCGACCUAGAUACAAUAGUUCAUCAAGCGAGUGCGUUACCAGCACACCUCGAAUACCACUCCUUUCAUCGUAAUUGGACCCAGCUUGCACGUUUCCAAGAAUUAGCUGCGACUGAACAGGGCCGAUAUAAUUUCUCUCAGCCGACUUUGAAUCAGCUUGUCAACGUGGUUCCUGAGCCGCUUUGGGAUUGGCUUUAUCGUGAAUGGGGCUCCUGAUUGGAAUAUCGAUUGCGUUCUUGAUUAAGAGAGGCAAUUUGCAUGUAGGAAAGAAUCAGGGAUUUAACGAUCUGGGAUUCCGAACCAUCUUUUCCUUCCCAUGACCUGUUUCAGUUUGUAACUGAGGAAAGGCUUUUGGACAUACACAUUUCAGCGGGAUCGGCGGCAUACUGAUGGACUUCUUGCUUUUCUUCGUUUGUUGCUCUGGCACACCUCUUAGAUUUUCAUUCUGGCUAUUAUAGAGUAGUAGCAUUGUAUCCUGGGGAUCGCUCCUCAUUAUGUUCUUAUCCAAUCAAAUGUAACAAUUCUUU